UUUCCCGGUGACAGACGUACACAUAUUUGCACUUCGGGAAGCAGCGUAAAGAAAUCAAAGUUUAAACAAAAAACUGUAUAUAAAUACAAUAAGUAAUUUAGGUUGUUGCUUUUUUAGCAACGAAACAGCCUCCGGAAACUUAAAGAAGUUUGCCAAAUUCUGAAAUAACUUUGUACCCGCUGCUGUGCAAAUACAAAAAUGAGGUGUUGGCUAUCUAGUCAGCUUUAUGACCGUCAAUUAUUUAGGCUUGGACUGUUGCUCUACCUGUUGAUGGGGACGCGGGUCAAAGGCGACGCCGUCGAAGUUAUCGAGCUGAGCACUAAUUGGAGUAUAUCUAAUCAAAACGCGUCUCUUACCCUAUUCAAAAAUCAGACACUCCCCUCAGGCAUAUACAGUGCCUUUUAUCCCGGAUCGCCCAAUGUGCUGGAUGCGUACAACGAUGUGAAUCUUCGUUGGCUGGCCUACGACAAUUGGACAUAUAUAAAUGAAUUUAAGUUUGAUGUGGAGCACUAUAAGCGUGUGCGCUGCUUUAAUCUGACCUUCCAUGGAAUCGACACAGUAGCCGAGAUUCGACUGAAUCGCCGACUCUUGGGACGCACGGACAAUAUGUUUGUGCGCUACUCGUAUGAUGUGACCAAACUUCUGGAGAGGGACAAUGUACUGGAGGUGGAAAUCAAAUCGCCAGUGUGGGCAGCUCUAGCCAAGGCGCGGGCCCUGGACUCUGAAAAGCUCAGUGUGCCGCCAGCAUGUCCACCAGAACGCUAUCAUGGUGAAUGCCACGUGAAUAUGCUGCGCAAGAUGCAGGCCAGCUUUGCAUGGGACUGGGGGCCGGCGGUGCCUUCAAUGGGUCUGUGGAAGAGUGUGCAGCUAGAGAUGUAUGAAGUGGCGCUGCUACGUGACGUCGACGUGGACAUCAGUCGCAACGCAACGCACUGGAACAUGCACAUUAGCUGCUAUAUGGACACCAACGUGAAAGAUAACUUUUAUGCUCAGAUAGUCUUCUAUGCCGUCGAGCUACUGAACCGGACGGUGAUCAUAGACACAUACACCACUAAGCCGAUCAGCUACUUGGCACCCGUAAUUGUCUUUGAUCAGGCUGUGCCAAUUGAGGAUGUCGUUGUCUGGUGGCCCAACGGCUAUGGUGAACAGAAGCUCUAUCCGCUGCACUUUACACUGAACGCCUACCUGAGCGCAUCUGGACUAGAGCCGCGUGCCAAGACCGAGUCACAUAAGUCGCUGCGCGUUGGCUUUCGUACAUUGGAGCUAAUUGAGCGUCCAGCGCCGGAUGGUCGAGGAAACACUUUUCUCUUUCGUGUCAACGGCCUGGAGAUGUUCAUGAAGGGCAGCAACUACAUACCAUCCCAUAUAUUGCCAGAGCAACAAACUCCAGAAAGAAUUGCUUAUUUGCUGGAAUCAGCCAAGGAAGCUCACAUGAAUAUGAUACGUGUUUGGGGUGGAGGUAUUUAUGAAUCGGACUAUUUCUACGAUAUGGCCGACAGUCUGGGCAUACUUAUUUGGCAGGAUAUGAUGUUCGCCUGCGCCAUGUACCCAACAACACCCGAAUUUCUUGCCUCAGUGAGCGAAGAGGUGCGACAGAAUGCCAAGCGUCUGUCCCACCACGCAAGUAUUGCUAUUUUUGCUGGCAAUAAUGAGAAUGAGGCGGCGCUCGUGCAGAACUGGUAUCAUACGUAUCAGGAUCUCGAUCGCUUUAAGGCCGAAUACCGCGAGUUGUACCUGGGCACUGUCCUACACGAGCUGAAAAUUGUUUCCCACAACAACCGCCCCGAGCCGUUGGUAUCGUCGCCGUCCAAUGGCAAGGCAAGUGAGAGGGACAACUACAUAUCAGAGAAUCCACAGGAUAAUCACAAUGGGGAUGUUCACUUCUAUGACUACUUAAAGGAUGCUUGGGAUCCAAGUAUUUACCCACGACCGCGAUUCGCUAGCGAGUAUGGCGUUCAAUCGCUUCCUGGAUCAUAUGCUUGGGAUCGCAUCAAAGGUGAUGAAAUUGAUCUGACCAAACUAAUGGGACAUCGACAGCACCACCCUCUUGCUAUGGUGCCCAUCACCACACAGGUGCAUCGUCAUUUGCCGCUGCCAUUGCCCGAGGACAAGGACUAUAAUCAGGCGCUUAUCUACUUCAGUCAAAUAUCGCAUGCCAUGGCCACUAAGGUGGAGACGGAGCUGUAUCGCACUAUGCGCGAUACAGAGCACAAUACAAUGGGUGCACUCUACUGGCAGCUAAACGAUGUCUGGGUAGCUCCAUCGUGGUCUGGCAUCGAUUUCUAUGGAAACUGGAAACUGCUACACUAUUGGGCCCGUGACUUUCUUGCUCCAGUUGCCAUUAUGGCGCUCUAUGACAAGCCCACAAAAUCUCUAAACAUCUCAUUGGUUUGUGACAAACCAACUAUCAACACUGAAAAUUUGAAUGUCGUUGCCAACAUUCAUCUAUGGUCGCAGCUAAUGCCACGCAACUCCACCAACUGGUCGGUUACCCUACGCCCCAAUGGUGUACAAUAUGAUAAGGUCAUACCAGUAAAUGAGUUGUUAAAGGGUGAUUUCAACGAGCACAAUGCCUAUCUGGAGUUUCAGCUGAGACGCGGUCAAAAGCCAAUCUCUCGCACCUACUACUUUCCUAGUAACAUUGCCAGUGCUGAGGGCAUUACUGAUCCGGAGCUAGAGUACGAGAUCACCUCGAAAAUGUGCGUAGAAACCCCUACUAUCAAACGGAACAGUAUCAGCCUCACAAUCAAGGUGAAGUAUCCUGCGGUCUUUGUUUACAUUGAGCUACAGCUACCUUAUCGCUACAAACUGUCUGAGAAUGGUUACAUGCAAACAACGCCCGUUCAUGUGGUGCAUGCGACCAUAGAAACCAACUCCUGCUUGCGCAUAUGGCGCAAGAACAACUUUAAUAUCUGGACCGUAAAUCAGUUUAUGCAUUAGCUGUGGGCAUAUACUUUUCAAGUUGAAUGUAACAUUUAUAAAUAACUUAACAAUAAAACA